GUGUCUCGAAUUAGCUUUAAUACAUAACAUAGGAGUCAGCUUCAGAGGGAGUACUGUAGUGUACUCCCUCUGUAGUGUGUGUAUGAAGUGAGAAGUAUCCAGGUACCAUCCUAAAAAUAGAAAAGCAGUGAUACAAGCUUUAGAUAAGCUUUCUUAGCUUAUAUAAUACACAGGUCCCGACCCAUUGAACACCCCUGUCAUCCCAUCCAGCCAUCUUAAACUAGAAGGAGCGCAGAUCGUUACCCCGGAUCAUAUUUCGUAUAGGAUAUCGAUGUUGCGACCUUAUUGAUAAAUUUUUGCUUUUAUGCUUCUUCCUAGCCUCCAAAUAUUUGAUAGGCAUGCUGACAUGCCAAUUUCUUCCCCAGUUCAUCGUACAACCGUGUUCACGGUUAGAUGUUGUUCAACACCAUAAUGAUCGAGCGGUAAUACGACAACCAGCUCAAUGAUUUGCCGUUCUCGCAGCGCGAGCGACCUUCUCAGCCAGCCUGGCAUUCGCACCUUAGUUCUGCUCGUGAUUUUCGUGUUUCUAUACUCGAUAUACGGCUCACUUUACUUCUACCGCGAUCCCCUCUCCAUAUUCUUUUCCGAAGAACAUGGCUUCGACCGAUUUUACUCGGCUACGCGCCAAGCGCAGGCAGACGAAUUCAUCGAUGCCGCGAUAGCGAAUCCUGACUCGGUGCGACGACAAAUAGGGAAGGCCAGUAUGAAUCCAUCAAUUUGCGCCGUAUUUAUCACGGUAGGGCGAGAUAUGAUAAAACGACAAUAUGUCGAUGGUGCUCUAGGAUCGUUUCUAGCAAACAUGACGCGGUUUGAGAGGGAGGCUACACAUUUAAAAGUGUUCUUCGCCGAUGUGCCCGACCCCGAGUCCCAGCAUCACAGUUACACGAAAUUGAUGGAUGCCGAUAUCACCGACGAGAUAUUCACAUAUAACUCUACGCUUCCACCACAUCAACAGGAACAGAAAAUUCGCGAACUUGCGUUGUUCUCCAAGGAUCGCCAGAAUAAGCACGCGCUAGAGAGGAAGACUGUAUUCGAUUACGCGUAUGCGCUAGACCGAUGCGUUAAGACCACCAAUGCGCCGUAUAUCGCGCUUUUUGAGGAAGAUAUCCUUCUGGCUGAGGGAUGGGCGGCUAGGACCCUGAAAAAUCUACAAAUCAUCGAGACGAUGAUGAAAGACCCCAAGCGCCAGGUCCCUCAAAAGGGCAAGAUUGAACCCGGCGUACCAAACACAUGGCUUUACUUGCGUCUCUUUAAUCAAGAGCGAAGUUUCGGAUGGAGUGGUGGACCUGGAUUCAAAAGCAACAACGUUCAUAUCCUCUCGGUUAUGGUAGCCAUCCCACUCUUAGCCGUCCUGCUUCUGGUACGAAGGCAGCUACCGCGUCAUAUAUCGCGGCAUAUAGAUGGGUGGACCUUAUUAGUCGUCUGCGGACUUGCGGUCCCGCUCUUCAUUUGGUUAUUUUAUGCAUCUGGGAAAGCGGCGCUCAUCGGAUCGCCGCCGGGCGUGCGCGAAGAGUUCUUCGGAUGCUGCAACCAAGCGCUCGUGUAUAAUCGCGAGCACGCAGGAAAACUAGCAGAUUUCAUGAUGACGGCUUCCAAACGCGAAUCUCCGGGGAGAAGUGAUAUGCUUCCCAAGAACUUCGCGUGGGAUCAUGGCUUAGCGAGAAUAAGCGCGUACCCUAUGCUUGCGCAACAUGCGGGUAGAGUAAGCGCGAUUGAUACGAGUAAUGAUGAAGCGAAACGCGUAUGGAGUAUGGCUUUUGAAGAUUACAAGCCGUCGAAAUUGGCUAAGGAGCAUAUGAAGGAUUUGCGGGAAUUGUUUGGGGAGGAGGCUGUUGAGGAAUUGAGAAGGCAAAGAUCUGUGGGAAACGUGACAUGAGGCGAUGACUGAUAUUCUUGAAGUAAUGAUACCAUGGAUAACUUUUUUUUUCUUAUGUCUUAUUUUAAAUUUGUGAUUGACAACUCCUGGCUGAGAUUGAUGUUGUCGAAUCAACGUUGGCUAGAACUUCGUGUUGGUGUCAGAACCAAGGCGCCAAGAUAUUAGAAAAAGCUUAGCCUCCGCCCCUUUCACACAUACAACGGGGAGUGAGUCAAGAAUGAAGAUACUAUAUAUAGGUUAUCUAUAUCUAUAUAUCGAUAUCUGA